GUUAAGCCCYUAGGAACGCCUACACUUUAAAUUCCCAUGUGGGGGGCAAAUGUAUUUAGGACUCUCAAAAACUUCAAUAUUAAAGACGUGAAAAUGAGACAUAAAUCUAAAGCAUCAACAAUGGACCAAGGGUAGGCUUAGAAUUGUGUCGAAUGUCCCGUCAGAGGUAGCCUUAUGGCUAUAGCAGGAUGAGCGGGAAGCGCGUGGGUGCGUCCUGGACUCGGACUCCGGGGUGACCCCCAUCGUAUGACUCACGUGCAGAGGCGGAGACUCCAUAUCUAAAUCACUACGGGAGUACAGUCUCUUGUUCAGACCGUCCAACGCGGUGGGAAAAUUAACAAGAAUAAGUCAACAUUACAUUAUAAUUUCAAGACCAAGGCAACGCAAUGUUUACAAUGUGAAGAAAAUGUCCGUSAUAAGUCCAGAUUGGGUGGAGAUCCUGGAGCCACGCUCUCGGGAGCGCAUGUAUGUGAACCUGGCCACUGGCGAAUGCGGCUGGGACCCUCCCUUAGGCGCUCCCGUUCGUCAGGCUGACGGCAACCAGUGGUGGGAGCUCUUUGACUCCCAGAGCGGCCGCUUCUACUACUACAACUCCGUGGGACGCCAGACUGUCUGGCACCGACCCCAAGGGGGCGACAUAGUUCCCCUCUCCCAGCUACAGGCUAUGAAGCGCUGCUCUGAGGCCAAGCGGGCCGGGGGAACUGGAGAGAGGGACAGGGAGCCUGGAACAGGUAGACUGGGGAGUACAGGGAGCCGUACAGGGAGCCAGGGACGCGGCACCCCUCUUCCAGAGCACCAUGGAGUGGGGGGUACAGACAGCCAGGGGCGCCUCACCCCUCGUCCAGAGCACCAUGGAGCAGGGAGCCUGGGGAGUACAGGCAGCCAGGGACACCGCACCCCUCUUCCAGAGCACCAUGGAGCAGGUAGCCUGGGGAGUACAGGCAGCCAGGGACACCACACCCCUCUUCCAGAGCACCAUGGAGCAGGUAGCCUGGGGAGUAUAGGCAGCCAGGGACACCGCACCCCUCUUCCAGAGCACCAUGGAGCGGGUAGUCUGGGGAGUAUAGGCAGCCAGGGACACCGCACCCCUCUUCCAGAGCACCAUGGAGCAGGUAGUCUGGGGAGUACAGGCAGCCAGGGACACCGCACCCCUCUUCCAGAGCAGAGUAAGCCUGUCCCCAGAACCCCUGAGACCCCAAGCGAGAGAGAGACUUCAGACACAGUGGUGGACGGCAGACCAGCUCAGGGAGACAACAGCUCGGACGAAAGCAAGGAGUCACUGAGAGAGCGCUCUCAGAGAUGGCAGCCUUCCCCAGGGUCUAAGGCAGCAAUGUUGGUUAAAGUAAACAGUGUCAGUCGGAUCCAGCCUGGAGGCCCAUCUAGCCCGGACCUGCAGCUCCGCCACCACAACACACACGCACACAACAAGCCCAAUGGCCACCAAGCCUUUACCCUCCACCCCGUCAGCAGCAAACCCCCGGGGGCUCACUCCUGCACCACCCAGGGCUACAAGACCGCACCCUCCGGCAAGAUGGCCGCCGACGCCCGGCAGGCCCARCACUUGAGAAAGAUCGGCAACGGCAGCUUCUGUCUGGUGUCCUCUGACCCUCCCCAAACUCCAGGCAGUCACAGGUCCCAGCCCAGCACCCCCAGGUCAGUGUCACCACAGUACGCCUCCACACCUCACCUCUACGACGACCUGGGAAAAGAGUGUCCCAUCUAUGAUGAGCCUCCUGUGGACAUGGAGGUGGAGGGGGCUCACCUCCAUAAUGGGCCUGGUGGUCUAUCCUGUCUCACCCCCACACACAGCCUGCAAAAGCCCAGGCUCCUCCAGCACCCUGGCUCCUCUCACUCAGAAUCCAGGCACAAGAGGAACCCUUCUGCCUCUGACUACAGCCCUGCUGGCCUGGAGUGCAUCAAGCACAUGGUUGUUGUGGACCCAAAACAGGGCCUCCUCUCCACCUCCCCCGGUCCCACCCGCACCCCCUCCCCCACACCACGAUCAGACCCCCUCUUGGCCCAGCCCCAGUCCCAGCCCCGGGGGCAGCAGAGGGAGCCAGGGACCCUGGAGAAAAAGCAGACAUGGCGAGCCCUGGAGGCCAGUGUGUUGAGGGCAGUGGAGGCUCGUCACAGCAGGCAGAGCAGCCAGGCCUCCCAGGACUUCCCCACACCUCCAGGUCCCCAGACCACCGCCACCUACCAGGACUCUGGCUACUCCACUGGCCCCUCUCCGAGCCUGAGGAGGAAGAGCCGGCGGAGGCUGGGGGCCGGAGGCCGGCCUGGCUCAGUAGGCAGUAGCGGAGAGCUGUGUGCCCUUAACGAGAGGCUGAUGGCGGAGAUGAGGGAGGUGGUGAGCCGCUCCAACACCAUGAGGGAGAUGAAGGCUGGAGGCCUGGGGGCAGAGAUUAMCGAGAGGGGCGCAGUGCCCCGGACACGUUCCCCCGUGGACUCCCUGCAGUGGUAUGGAGGAGGAGGAAGGUGUGCGUCACGAGAAGACGUCCKCRCCGCCAGCCUCUCGCUGAGCAGGGCGGGUAAUCAUGGCAACCCAGCCCUGCCACCCCUGGAGAUGCCUGGUAGGCAGAAYAGGACCUAUGAGAAGGUGGACACCUUGGAGAAGAGCAUCACCAGUCAGGCCGGCCUCUCCUCACCAGACACCCCCGGACCRCCCUCAGAGGUGGGAACCCUGGAACUGAAGGCUCAGUUGGACAGCAGGAAGAAAGGUAUGGUGGACGGACGAACAGGCUCACUGGGCCCCCAUCACCAACGCUCCGUCUCCCAUGACAACAUAGAGGGAGAAGGAAGAGGAGGAAUAGGAGGCUCCUACCACCAGCUCUCUUACGCCACCCUGCGCAAGCCCCCGCCCCCAGACACCUCAGGCAUGGCGGACUGGGCCAGCAAGCACCUGAACAUGCACACCCAGGGCCUGUUCCGCCGCCGUGUCUCCAUCGCCAACAUGCUCUCCUGGAACCGCGGCUCCAUCAAGAAGCCCAUGCUGGUGACCAGCGACCGCGCUGUGAGGAAGGAGGCCUGUGAGAUGUUCAAGCUGGUCCAGGCCUACAUGGGAGACCGGCCCUCACGGCUGGACCGUCGCCACGCCGCCCUGCUCAUCGUCACCAAGUGCUGGGGCAUGCAGGGCCUGAGGGAUGAGCUGUAUGUGCAGCUGGUGAGGCAGACCACGGGCAACACCAGCCCUAGGAGCCUGGCUGCAGGCUGGGAGCUGAUGGCUGUCAGCCUGGCCUUCUUCGCCCCCUCUCCCAAGUUCCGCUGCUACCUGGAGGGAUACAUCCAGAGGCACACGGAUCCGAGCAGUGACAAGAAACGUGAGUCUCAGACUGAGCAACAGGUGGCUCAGUUCAUACUAGACCAMCAGGACAUGAAGCUGAAGAAGAACUCAAAGUCCAGAAAGAAACGGAAACAGAACACAGAUGAAGAAGGUCUGCCCAUCAGCACGUAUGCAAAGUUCUGCUAUCGCAAACUACAGAAAGUGMCCAUAACUGGAGGCAAAAAGGGUCUUCGUAAGCCAACUCUGGAGGAGAUUGACCACAGCAGACGGGCCAUCGUGACCCCCUCCCUGUUUGGCAGCUCCUUGGACGAGGUGAUGGAGCGCCAGAGUGAACUCUUCCCAGACAGGAAGCUACCCUGGGUACAGGUGCAGCUCUCCCAAUACGUCCUGGCACUGGGAGGGGCCCAGACUGAGGGCAUCUUCAGGGUGCCUGGAGAUAUCGAUGAAGUCAACGCAUUGAAGCUCCAGGUCGACCAAUGGCGGAUCCCAGAAAACCUCUCAGACCCCAACGUACCUGCCUCCCUGAUGAAGRUGUGGUAUCGUGAGUUGGAGGAGCCUCUCAUCCCCAUGGCCUUCUACAAGCAGUGUGUCAGUAACUAUGACGACCCUGUGGCAGCCAUUACUGUUGUACAGUGUCUGCCUGAGCUCAACAGACUGGUGCUGUGCUACUUUAUCCACUUUCUGCAGGUGUUUGCUCAGCCUGCUAAUGUGUCUGUUACUAAGAUGGAUGUCAAUAACCUUGCCAUGGUGAUGGCCCCCAACUGCCUCCGCUGCCAGUCUGAUGACCCACGAAUCAUCUUUGAGAACACACGCAAGGAAAUGUCUUUCCUGCGCAUGCUCAUCGUUCACCUGGACACCAGUUUCAUUGAGGGCGUUGUGUAGACUGACUCCCUUGACACCACGUGCCCCAGUGUCACUGAGAGAUUCACUCUGCUCUGCGAAGCCCMCCCCACUCCAUUGACCUAUCACAAAACAAACACACUGGAAAUCAUACUGUAACAAUAGGCAGGGUCAUAAGAAGAUAAGCGAGAACCCAGAUGUCUCACCACUGAGUACUGUACGUAACACUGUCACUUGACCCAUCCUCUAUCCUACUUUCUGACUGCAGAACAAUACAUCUGUGCCUACUUCAUAGGUGACAUUGUGUGUGUUAUGUGAUGGAAACACCACAAUUAUUGCACACAAAAAGACUACAAAUUACUUUACAUCAUAGGGACCGCAUUUUAUCCAGUUCAUUUUGCUGACUUUUUUAAAACUGCAUGUAAAAUCUGAUUUUCCUCCUACAUUUAUAACUGAAUGUGAAGUGCCAUUGUUUCGUUGCUGGAUAUGGGCUGUGCAGGAGGAGUCUCAUAUGGUUUGUACAGGAUGGACAUUGUCAUCAGGAAACAGACCCAGGGUCCCCUCAUAUCUAUUUGGCCUCUUGUAUGUAUGUGUGUCUGUGUGUGUUUGAGUUCUAGAGACUCAGCCUCCAGUUCUUAUUUACAAAUGAGAAAAAAAUUAUAAUUUAAAAAUAAGCUUGCCUGUGAUGUUUUUAGUAGUUCUAUCAACAAGACUGCAUCAGUCUCACUGCUAUGUUGGUGAUUUUAUCUGAAAAAAACUGUUCCACCACAGCCAUUUUGAUAUAGAGCCACAGUCUAUAGUCCGACUACAGUCGAGCCACAGUCAGAGCGUACAUUUCAAAGUACAAACUGGAAGCAAUAAGACCAUGUGUCUUGGAGCUUGUGUAAAAUACCCGUUUUAGUGGUCUCCUCAACAGUGUGUGUUGUGCAAUAACAACCCUCUGAUUUUCAACUGCUGAGGGAGGAUGUUAUAAAUGUAUUCUGGUACAUGUAUGUACUGUGUGUAUGGGAGAUCUAUUCGGKAGCAGGUAGCCUAGCAGUUAGAGCUUUGGGCCAGUAACCGG